AUGUCGAACAACAAUCAAGACCCCAGCCACGAUGAGAGCUUGAGCAACCUUCCCGCUGGCGGAACAGAUGUAUCGCUUGGAGAAGGCCAGANNAAGGUAUAUUCUUCUGACGGAGUUUCAGGUCUUCUCGCACCCCUUGGCGAUCCUUUGGGUAAUGCACUCAACAAAGGUCUUUCUCCUGUCGGUACUGCUAUUGGUGGUCUGACAAAUGGCGGAUAUAGCAAGAGCAAGGAGAUGGAUAAGCCAAAGGAGGAGGAGAGUAUGGGCGGUAAAGAGCAGAACGGUCAAAAUCCUUUGGGAUUGUGA